GCCCCUUGGCCACCAGGGGGCGCCCCGGCCCCGCCGCCCUGCCCCGUUCCCGCCAUGCGGCGGCUGCCGCUGCUGCUGCUGCCGGCGCUUCCUCGCCGCUCCGAGGCCGCCCUCCUGUCGCACCGAGCGGCCGCCCGGGCCUCGCAGCCGCUGGAAAAUAAAACAAAAGGGAAACUUCAAAAGAAGAUUUGUCAGGUUGUGCUGGAUCAUUUUGAGAAGCAGUACAUGGUGGAACUUGGAGACACAUGGACAAGUGUCAGAGAUGUACUCACAUACCCAUUGUGCUGGCAGUAUGCCAUCCUCAUGAACAAGUUCAGCCCAUCCGCUGAACUGGAGAGCACCUUGCGUGAGAAGGGGUGCCAUCCUGCCUUUCAGGGCCCCUUGCCCUACCUUCCAGCGUCACUCAAGUGUUACAUUAGGAGGACUCCUGGGAGAUUCCCCGCACAAAAACACCAGGCCGGUAAACUGAAAGAGUAUUACCUGCUGAAUGCUGCUUCGCUGUUGCCAGUGCUGGCAUUAGAAGUAAAAGACGGGGAAGAUGUUUUGGAUCUCUGUGCUGCACCAGGGGGUAAAUCGGUGGCUCUGCUGCAGUGCGCCUGUCCAGGUCAGUUUCACUGUAAUGAAUAUGAUGAAUUGAGGUCAAGAUGGUUGAAACAGACAAUAGAAUCCUUCAUCCCGGAUCCUUUGAUAAAUUUAAUAACAGUCUCUAAACUGGAUGGUAGACAGAUUGGAGAUCUUAAGUCUGAAUCAUACGACAAGGUACUGGUUGAUGCUCCUUGUUCAAAUGACAGAAGUUGGCUAUUCUCUUCUGAUAUUCAACAAGCUACACAUAGACUAAUACAAAGGAAAGAGUUAUCUUGUCUACAGUUCCAGCUGCUAAGGUCUGCUAUUAAAGCAUUGCGUCCUGGUGGAUCUCUGGUCUAUUCUACAUGCACACUCUCAAAGGCAGAAAACAGCGAUGUGAUAAAUCUCAUUCUGCACUCCUGCAGUAAUGUUAUGCCUGUAGACAUAAGUGAAAUGGCCGAAGCCCUUUCUCAGGAAUUCACUUUUCUCACUGGCACACAACAGCAUGAACUUCUGGUUCUCCCAGAGAAAGGGAGAACAUGGGGUCCAAUGUAUGUAGCUAAAUUAAAGAAAAUAUAGUCCAUCUGAUGCCUGUUAGUUUUUUUUUAUAAGAGAUAUGUGAUAAAUUAAUAUUUAUUUCUAAUGUAGUAUGUGUAUAUGAACAAGUCCAAGGCAACGAAUUUAGAGCAUUGCAGUUUUGUGUCAGCUGCUGCCUAAUAAAAAGGAAGCUGACACUUAGUGUAGCUUAAAAUACUGGAUGUGCCUUUUGAUGCAGACUUGUGGGCCUAUGUGAAGUUCUUAUGAAGUCAAGGGAGCUUCGUAUCAUUUUCAAGGUGAUGCUCUUAAAUGGAUUUGCCUCCUAGAUAGAGGCAUAAUGCAGCAGGGCUUUUUGCACGGUUCUUUGUUUUUACUUUUUAAUUACUAAUUUGGUUUUAAUGCAGUAUAUUUUAAAAUAAAUGGUUUCAGUUGUCUGAA